AUGUCGUGUAACUUUGAGCUUGAAUUAGAUGGCAUGACUGAGGACCAGAUCAACUGGAUGUAUACUUAUGUCCAGGGCAUUGUCAUACUUAAUGAUAAGUUUGAUAUUCUAGAGGCUUCCCAGAUCAUCAAGCUCCUCAUCAACACAGGCAUCUUCAGCAUCCUAAACUCCUCUAGGGAGGCCCAGCUGGUCUACAAAAUGGAGGAUACCCCACCCAUCAUCCGCGAGUUAUCUAUCCACUGGAAGAAGGCCAAGGCGACGGAGGUCAACUCUGUUAUGCGCAACCUAGGCGACGCCAUCGAGCUCGCCAAGAUGAGAGGCAUAUGGGAGAGGAUGUGCACGAUCCUUACCAACGCCACGGGCAAACCGGUGGACAGCCUCAUUGCGUCUGCGUAG